UCAGCUUUCAUCUGGGUCAUUGUAUUCUGUGAUAUUACUGUUUCAUGUACAGCGCCCCGUGACGACUUUAGUUGAAAAUAAUUCUUUUAAGUGACACAAUGGCGGAUCAGAACGAGAGGGCAUUCCAGCGUCAGCCGACAGUCUUUCUGAAUCGGAAAAAGGGCGCUGGCCCCAAAAGGCGUAAAUCCUUACGUUACUACCGAGAAGUGGGGCUCGGCUUCAAAACCCCCAGAGAGGUAAUUGCUUGCCACUUUAUUAACCAGAUUUUCUUUUAAUCAGACAGAAAAAGCUUUCCAAAAACAACCAACGGUGUUCCUGAACAGGAAACAGGGCGCAAAAAAGAAGAAUUUGAGGUUGCACCGCAAUGUAGGGCUAGGGUUCAAAACGCCCAGAGAGGUUUGUUACUUUUCAGAUUUCUAGGUGCUUCCCGGGAAGGUGGCAGGUGGCUUCAGUGAUGCACUGAUGGGAUGGUUAAGGAUGCUUGGGUCUAGAUAACAUUGCUAAUUGGUUAACAAAAUGAAAUCAAAACAAUGCUAUUUAAUCAUGUAUUACAAUAUGGUCCUGUUGCUUAAUUUUUUAUUAUGUUCAUAUGUUUUUUGUAAAAAGAGCUUGGAAGCAUUCUGGUGGAGUGUGCAUUUUAUUUGAAUAUCUGUCAUUUUUAUGUCAUGUGCUGGGUAUUUAUGUCAUAUAUGUGUGCUUUUUAUAUGAAAUUCAUAGCCAUAGAGGGUUCAUACAUUGACAAGAAAUGCCCUUUCACUGGCAACGUUUCAAUCAGAGGUCGUAUCCUAACCGGCGUUGUACAGAAGAUGAAGAUGCAACGUACCAUCGUCAUCCGACGCGACUACUUGCAUUAUAUCAGGAAAUAUAAUCGGUUUGAGAAGAGACAUAGGAAUAUGUCAGUACAUUUAUCACCUUGCUUCAGGUUAGUAUAUUAUAGGCAGAAUCUAUUUUUCUUCUAAGCUGUCAGAAUCAUAAAAUACAG